CCUCGACAGCCUCGAGCAAUGGUCAUCGAACAGCUCGCGUCGUGGAGGUUCACGAUAAGGUAAAUGGGUGCGCGCUCCACCAUCGCUUCGCCCUCCUUGUAUGAAAAAAGAAACCGUGGCCAAGCUGGUGGAUGCGCCUUCGGAAAAAUCAACAUAAAACCGGAGGCCUAGAGAGAGAAAACAGAGAGAGGUGCGGCGGUGGGCUGGUGGCUCUGGGUUGAAUCUUUAAUCCUCUCAGAAAAAAUUCUGGGUUGCUUUUUCUUCUCCUCUCUUUUUCGGUUGCCUUUUCUUCCUUCUUCUGUAUUCCUUUCUUUCUCUUCUUCGUCUCAAUAAUCGAAUCCCUACCUUUUCAAUUUCGUCAAUCCGUUUCUCCCGUCUUCUGGUUUCCUCAAACAAACGCGGAGGCGAGCCGUCGGAGGUGAGGAAUUUCUGCUGCCGGAAUCGUCAACCUAAGGUACGGGAUGUUUCUUGUCUUGUUGGAGGGUUGCGUUUUCAUCUGAUAAUUAGCAGAUCCCCUCAGUUUUCAUAAUUGUAUGUUGUCCUCGGUCGUUAAUCGGCUCUCCGCCGGCUACGACGAUCGGGUGGAAUUGGUUGAUUGAAGAGAAACCCACCCAGAUAUUAAAAUUGGUUUGAUUUUCUCCUUUAGGAAUAAUAAUGGAAAAUAAUUUAUUUAUGAAUUACAAUUUACAAUGCGCGAGUGAAGGUCACGCGGACGCCUGCGAUUUGAGAGGAAAUUCGGUGAGCUGGAAUCGUUUAUUAAUGUCCAUUUUGGAUUCUUGGAGAACCUGCCGGAAUUCCCCCCUCUCUCUGCCUCGCUGGAUUUAACUUGUUGGAUUUUUCGUUUAGUUUAUUCUUUUUAUUUGACAGUCAAGUUUUUCCAACGGCACCGUAUUUGGCACGGGUUCAGGGGGCAUUCCCGUCAUUUGUGUAAAACUCACGCUCGUGUUGUUCAUUUGUCGAAUUGUCGUCUCCUAGUUUUAACUUUUAACUCCCACAUUUCCCAAAGUACCCCGCAACAAUGAAUCCUUGUUCCGGGGUGAACCUGUAAAUACCAGUUCUUCUCAGCGAAGGAAAGGAAAGAAAGAAGAGUCAUUAACCGACAAAGCAACGUUAUUUAUUCAGAUUACGCCUUCGUAAUUCAGUCGAGAAAUUAAAGUUCUAUCUUUUCCUCUGAAUUCUCAGUCAGAGCUGGGAAACACAAACACGCAAUAGAGAAGACCCAAUUCUCUCUCCCUGGCUUUCUCGAGAUAGGGGAAUCGUGGGGGGAGAACAAGAUCUUUCGUGUUUUGAUAAAUAAAACCCUAAUUUGCUUUUUUUCUCUGGUUUCUCUUUCUUUGAAGCUCUUCUUUGCCGGGUUCAUUGAAACUACUUGAAAAAGAAGAAGAUGGGUUCGGAGCAGAACGACGGGACGAGCUUCUCACCCGCGGAGCCGAAGCUUUGCGUCAACGGAUGCGGGUUCUUCGGCUCGCCGUCCAACAUGAACCUCUGCUCCAAGUGCUACAGGGAAAUACGGGUCUCCGAGGAGCAGGCGGCGUCGGCCAAGGCCGCCAUGGAGAAGACCCUCAGCUUCAAAUCUAAGAAGCCCGUGUCCGAGGCUGAAUCGAUCGCAGCAGACGUCAAGUCUGCCGCGGCGGCGGAGGCGGAGCAUGUGAUUGCUCUGGCGAAAUCAUCCGCGGCAGCGGGGUCGUCGUCAUCGGAGGCGGCGGUUGCGGUGGCGGCGGAGGUGGUCAAGGCGGCGAACAGGUGCUUGACUUGCAACAAGAGGGUCGGGUUGACGGGGUUCAAGUGCAAGUGCGGAAGCACUUUCUGCGGGUCUCAUAGGUACCCGGAGAACCACGAUUGCGACUACGAUUUCAAGGAAGCCGGGAAGAAUGCAAUCGCAAAGGCCAAUCCGGUCAUCAAGGCGGAUAAGGUCGAGAGGUUCUGAGAGAUAUGAUGAAAUGGAAUGGUGGGUUGUCAUAGAUUUGGUACUUCUGUUUGGAACCAUUUUUUUUUAUAUUAUCUUUUCUUAUAAGCUCUUUUCACUUGGCUUCUGUGUUCUUCAAAAUUUAGUGGGUAGUUUGGUGGGUGGCUUGUGUGUCGAAAUGGUUUGUUGGGGGGAAUGGUGGGUCUUGGUUGCACGAUGAAAUUGUGGGGAUAAGGGUUGAUUCCAUAAUAAAAGUGCAUCAAUGGAUUGUUAGUUGCUCUUUCGAUUCUGGGAUCAGAUGUUGCUGUUUGUGUACAUAAUGUUGCAUUCACCUACAUGGAUUAUGGUUAGGCACCACUUGGUGUUUGGUUCUUUGCCUUGCUUUGAUUCAUCUUGCAGACACUUCAAGCAUUUCAUGCACUUGAUUCAUUAGGGUAUAUAUGACAGGGCGAAGGACAUAAACGGUUAAGAACAUUAGAUUGUUUGUAUGCCUUGCUAUGAUCUGUGGAGUGCAAGUAUGGUGAGCCACUGAUCCUAAGUGCCCUCUGGUGGGGUGUCGAACUUGGGUUUAUCAGCAGUCUUUUGCUUGAAGAGCCAUUAGCCUUCUUUGGGCAAAGCUAGAUUCUUUGGGCUCGAACAAUUUGAGUCGUCUUUCUCCUAAGAACAGCGUUUGGUCCCCAAUGCUGCUGUAUGUCACAACUUCUUGUAAGUUGUAACAUCAUCCAUGGGAUGAAGUUCUUUCCAGUUUAAUUAAGGUUAUCGAAUGUG